CUGACCGGUAGAAAAAUUUGGGCGGAGCGGCGAAUCAAGUAGAAGAAAGACAAGUUAAUGCAAGUGAAGAUAUCGGGAUAAGGAAGGAGUGACGUUACUCGUGAAAGAUACAAUGAUAAUCUGGAUCGAAAGGAUUAUUGCCCUUUAGUAUUACCUAUUGUCGAUCUUUUAAUACGUUUCGCAAUACUUUGAGAAAUAAUAAGGGAAAAAUUCUGGAAGAGCGCGGAAUUUCGCGCGAAAAUGAGCCUAAACAUAACCAAAUUUUUUUCGAAGAAGAAAAGUUGCAAUGUCGAGACAGUGGCAGAAAUAGGCUUGCCUACGAACGUUUCCCAUCAGUUUCAUGUCAGUAAAAAUGCAGAAACGGGUCAAUUGGAGGGCCUACCACUUCCUUGGAUACGCUUUCUCAACACACAGAUAUCAAAGUCCGAACAGGACGAAAAUCCUGCGGCAGCACUGCAAGCGAUCAAGUUUUACAAUUAUUCGAUUAAACGUAAACCACAGGAGAAAGUAUUUAAAGCGCUUGUCACCGAGAAUCUUAUAGAGGAAGAAUCGGAAGAAAUCGACAAAAUAUUGACUAAGAAAUAUCAAUCUGGUGACUCGGAUAGUUCUAAUUCUGCCAGCUCUACCGACAGCCAAAUACGACCUUUGCCGGAACUUCCUCCUAAGGUCAAUAAAGUGUCAAAGCCAGCGUCGAAGAAUAUCAUAGAUAGGAACGAUAGGAUUGAAAAGACAUUGACAGAAAUUCUUGAAGAUCUUAAAGUUUACAAUAUUGAGGAUGAUAGUUUACUUCAAGAAGAAAUAGAGAAAGAGGAGGAAGAACAAGAUUACAAUAUAAAAACAGAAGAAAGUCCUGUAUUACGUAGAAAAACUGAUUAUAGUUGCGUAAAACUGAGUGACCAAGAGGUAUUUGAUGAGCUUAGAUCUAUUUGUCAAAGGGGUAAUCCUACUCUUAAAUUCGACAGAAGUAAGGAAGUUGGUGCUGGUGCUUCUGGUACAGUAUUUGUAGCAAUGGAUCUUGAAAGUAAUCAGAAAGUAGCUAUAAAGGAUAUUGACUUAUCUAAGCAACCAAAAAAGGAACUUAUAUUGACUGAAAUCAAAGUUCUUAAAGAAUUUCAACAUCCCAAUUUAGUUAAUUUCUUAGAUGCAUAUCUUUUAGAUUAUCACUUAUGGGUGGUCAUGGAAUUGUUAGAAGGUGGACCUCUUACGGACGUUGUUACCGAGACUGUUAUGAAGGAGGCACAAAUUGCUGCUGUCUGUAGAGAGGUUUUGAAAGCAAUAAGUUUUCUACAUAAAAGGGGUAUUAUUCAUCGGGAUAUAAAAUCAGAUAAUGUGCUUUUGGGUAUGAAUGGAGCUGUGAAAGUAACAGAUUUUGGUUUCUGCGCCAAUAUUAAUGGUGACGAAAAGAGACAAACUAUGGUGGGUUCUCCUUAUUGGAUGGCACCAGAAGUAGUGACAAGAAAACAGUACGGUAAGAAAGUCGACAUUUGGUCUCUUGGCAUAAUGGCCAUAGAGAUGAUCGAAGGUGAGCCACCUUAUAUGAAAGAAACGGCACUAAGAGCAUUAUACUUAAUUGCUGCUAUUGGCAAACCUUCCAUUCCGAGAUGGGAAUCGCUUAGUCCUACGUUUCAAAACUUUCUAGAAAGGUGCCUUGCUGUGGAAGUGGAUGAAAGAGCAACCGCAGAUGAGUUGCUUUCUCAUCCGUUCUUAGAUAAUUGUGCAGAAUUGACUACAUUAACGCCAUUGAUACAAGCUGCUCAAAGAAUUCUCCAUAAAGUGUAUAAUUAAAUAAUUGUAACGCAAAUAAUUUUUUUUAUAAUUUUGAAAUGAGCACAACGGUGCUAACAAUUAUUUUAACAAACGAUUUUCCUAGGCACUAGAAUAUAUAAAGUUUUUUUUUUUUUUUUUCUUGGGAAAAUGGGAACGUUAAAAUAUUAUCAAUGCAAAAAUUGUUUAUCGUCGUUACUGUAUUGACAGUUUCUUCUUUACGUGCGACCAAUUCAGAAACCUCUUUUAAAUAUAUGUAUGUGUGUAUGUACAUAUGUAUGAUGGAGGUAUAUGUGUGUGUGUGUGUGUGUUUGUGUGUGUGUGUAUAAAUCCGUCAUUUUAAAUCUGGCCUUAUAAAGAAAACAUGAUAACACAAAAAACAGUAUUAUGGAUGUCAAUAAAAUCCAGGAUUUGGGUUUAAGAGUGAUGAAAUAUGGAAUGUAAUAGAAAUACAUGAGUUCUAAUAACAAGUAUUUUGUACUUUAUAAUGUUUAUAAUAUAUUAUUGUCUUUUCUUUUGAAAAAUGUUAUUUACAAACAUGAGAUUAUGAAGUAUCUUUUAUGUGCAAUAUACACAUGUGCAUAUACAUAUACUGUGUGGCGACAUAGUAUUUUAUCAGUUAUAAUGUAUUCUUUAAUUUAGAUAUAAAUAUAUUACAUGCAUAACCUGGCAUUUAAAGGAAAGAAAAAAAACCAUUAUAUUUUUAAAAUUGUGCUUAUAUGUAACUUAAUAUAAUGUCACUUCAAAUAUUGAUUGUAUGGAGCACUUUAUAUAUUCAUAUAUAUUUGAAUUUUUAUUUUAUAUUAUAAACCAUUAUUAUCUGAAUAUAUCGAAGGCACAGAUGACAUAUAUUAUUUUAUACCAUAAAGUAAAGAAUUAUUGUACUUAUGUUAGGAAUACUUUCAAUGGUGAAACGUAUAAGGAUGGGUGUCAAUUUUCAUUUUUAAUACUUAGUUAAUACUUCCUUCGCAUAUUUUCAAUUGCAAAAUACAAAGUGCAAUUAUUUUUAUCUUCUAAUGUUACACUUUAGAAGAUACAGGAAGAGCAUUUUAAUUAAAAGGAAAUACAAAAGAUUCUGUGAAUAAUUGAAAUGCUCAGUUUAACGUUACAAUUAUAUGAAUGUAUUAUUAACUGAGUAUUGAAUAGUACAAUACAUACUGCUUAAUAUAGGUGUACUUUUGAAAAAUUAUACACAAGCAUAUACUACUAGUUUUAUAGAAUUUUUUCACGCUCGAUAAUACGCUCGUUUUUUGGAGAAAUAUCUUCAUCCACAGCGAGUAUAAUAUCGCUUAACCAAAUAUAUCCUAUUCUUAUAAGAUUUAUAAUGUAGUUUUGUACAUAUAAGUAAUGCAUAUCGAUAAUAUUUAUAAGGAUGUGCCAAUUUUAUAAUAAAAUUAUACGAAUGAUUGGUCUAAUCAAUAUCUAAUGAUCAGAGAUCAAAAUUUAAGCACUAAACUUCAAUAAAAAUCACGACUGUGAUAAGUAAACUAUUGAAUUUAGUUCCAUACUAUUAUUCAUUGAUCUUUCUCUCUAUAAAGAAGGAGGGAUUUAUAUUCCAACAUACAAUUAUAUUAAUGCUGCCGGAUAUAAAGGAUUAAAUGAUUUACUUACGGCCAUGCUCUGGGUGGUUGUUUAUCUCUCGUAUUUGUUGUAUCUUAGAAAGUUUAAGAAAAUUACAAAUUUUUGAGUUUGUGCCUUAAAUGAAUGAAUAGAUAUGUCAUUUUAUCAGAAUUUUAUCAGUGUUAAUGCAUUUUAAUCGAAUAAAUAUUAUAAGAUUGUCCACUUU